UCCCUUCGCCGGCGUUUUUCCGCACCUGCGCAAUUCGCAAUUCGCAGCGACUUGACUCUGAUGAUGUUGAUGUUUGUUUCUCCUGGCUGCAGAUUCGCAGAGUCGGGCACUCCCAGCACUGUCUUUCCCUCCGCAGUCUAACACCACACGACAAACCAUGGCCGAGCAGCCCCUUGGAUCUGCCCCGCCGCCCAAGCUCGACGCUGGGCAGCUGCACCAGAAGGCGAUCGAGCUGGAGCAGGAGAGAGCAGAGUUUCAGCGCAGGAAGCAGCAGCUGGAACAGGAGUUCAAUCAGAAGAGGGCCAAGUUUAAGGAACUGUACCUAUCCAAAGAAGAGGAGCUGAAGAGACAGGGGGCGGCUCUGGAGAGCUCUCGGGAGGAGAUGGGCAGGCUGCAGGGACAGCUGGCCAAGGCUCAGGCUGAAAUGGAGAAUAUCAAGGCAGUGGCCACCGUGUCUGAGAGCACCAAACAGGAGGCCAUCGACCAGGUCAGGAGGCAGGGGCAGGAGGAAGUGGCGUCUUUGCAGGCCAUCAUGAAAGAGACAGUUCGGGACUACGAGUUGCAGUUCCACCACAGGCUGGAGCAGGAGCGGGCACAGUGGGGUCAAUACCGCGAGGCAGUGGAGCGCGAGAUGGCUGAGCUACGCCGCCGUCUCUCUCAGGGCCAGGAGGAGGAGAACCUUGAGAAUGACAUGAAAAAGGCACAGGAGGAUGCAGAGAAGCUGCGCUCGGUGGUCAUGCCCAUGGAGAGUGAGAUUGCUGCCCUCAAGGCCAAACUGACAGAGGCAGAGGACCGUGUCAAGGAGCUUGAGGCCUCCAAGGUGAAAGAGCUGAACCAUGUCCUGGAGGCUGAGAAGUCGUGUCGCACUGACCUGGAGAUGUACGUGGCCGUCCUCAAUACCCAAAAAUCUGUGCUGCAAGAAGACUCUGAGAAACUACGAAAAGAGCUACAUGAAGUGUGUCACCUACUGGAGCUGGAGCGCCAGCAGCAUAACCAGCUGAAGCACACAUGGCAGCGUGCCAAUGACCAGUUCCUGGAGUCACAGAGGCUGCUGAUGAGGGAUAUGCAACGCAUUGAGAGUGUGCUGUCCUCCGAGCAACUGCGCCAGGUCGAGGAGAUCAAGAAGAGGGACCAGGAAGAGGAUGAGCAGCAGAGGAUCAGCAAAGCUAAGGAACAUAAAGAGACGGGGCGAGAGCAGGCUUGGUCUAGAGAGGAGACUCUCAUUGUUCUGUCUAAUGAUGAGCAUGCUCACAAUAACCACAGCAUCCACAGCUCGGCUCACUCCCUUGACACUGAGAUCCUGGGCCCAGCAGAUGUGGACAGUGAAGGGAAGCAGGAUGGCAGUGCAGGAGAUCUCUUCAAAGACAGACUGCGCAGAGCCCAGUCCACAGACAGCCUGGGAGCGCCCGGGGGAGCCCUGCUGCAGAGAGGCCUGGAUCACAGUAACAAGGCCAAGUCAGCAGGGAACUUGGAUGAGUCAGACUUCGGGCCCCUGGUGGGGGCGGACUCUGCUGGAGCUGAGAACUUCGAUACAGCUUCCCUUGGCUCUUUCCAGCUCUCCUCCGGGGCCUUCCUCCUCACCAAAGACCAGGAGAAGGCCAUCAAGGCCAUGACUCCAGAACAGGAGGAGACCGCCUCCCUGCUCUCCAGCAUCUCCCAGGCCCCCGAGAACGCCUACCUACCCGCCUCAGGGUACCGGCUGGUCAGCGAGUCCGAGUGGAACCUGCUGCAGCAGGAGGUGAAGAACGCAGGCAGAAAGCUGGGCCGGCGUUGUGACAUGUGCUCCAACUACGAGAAACAGCUGCAAGUCAUCCAGGGUCAGGAGGCAGAGACCCGCGACCAGGUGAAGAAGCUGCAGGUAAUGCUGCGACAGGCCAACGACCAACUGGAGCGCACACUGAAGGACAAGCAGGAGCUGGAGGAGUGUGUGAAGCAGGGCAACGAGGAAACCACCACCAAGGUCUCCACAUUGAUGCAGCGUGUCCAGGAGUCAGAGACUCUGCUCACUACCUUACAGCAGGCUUUCUCUCAGGCUAAGAGGAGAGCACAGGAGCAGAUGGCGUUGCUGAUGCAGUCUCGGGAGCAGGUGGCAGAGGAGCUGGCCAGGCUACAACGGGACAAUGAGAGUCUGCAGGGAAAGCACCGGCUUCACCUAACCCUGCAGCAACAAGAGAACUUCACCGUGCCCACUGCAGCCGAGGAGCUACAGGCCCUGGUUCAGCGGUACCGGGAGGACAUGGUGUGCUUGCGGACUGAAGCCGAUCACCUGGAGGAGAAGCUGAAGGCAGAGAUUCUGUUUCUGAAGGAGCAGAUACAGGCGGAGCAGUGUCUCAAAGAGAACCUGGAGGAGACGUUGCAGCUGGAGAUCGACAGCUGCAAAGAGGAAAUUGCUUCCUUUUCUAGUUUGAAAACAGAACUGGAACGUGUCAAAUCUGAAAAGGAGCAGCUGCAGUCCAAUCUGGCAGAGAAGACUCAGCAGCUAGAGAGUCUCCAUGGUCUAAACAGCAGCCUGGAGGAGCAGCUGAGAAAGGAGACGAGCACCAAGACGAGCCUAGAAGGCCAGGUCUACGAAGAGAAGGAUAAAGCUCAGAGGCUUCAGAUGGAGCUGGAUGUCAGCGAGCAGGUCCAGAGAGACUUUGUGAAGCUCUCCCAGACUCUCCAGGUCCAGCUGGAGCGGAUUCGACAGGCAGACUCCCUGGAGCGCAUUGGAGCCAUUCUCAACAACACCAACCUGACAGACAUCAGCCAGCUCCCAGAGACAUGAUAACUCACUGUGUGUGUGUGUGUGUGUGUGUGUGUGUGUGUGUGUGUGUGUGUGUGUGCGCGUGUGCGGGCAGAUUGUCCCUCCUCUCUCCUUUCCGGCUUUAAACAAACAAUAUUAAACCUUAUUUAACAAGCUGCUGAGGAAGCAUGGAGAUAACUGAGAUGUACAUUUUCCUGGAGAGAAGAGACCUUGUACAUGAUUUGAAGCACAAUGUAGUAAAGAGCUUUGUCAAGGAACGCUAAUGAAAUGGUAUAUAAAACAAGCCAGGCAUGUAAAUAGGUGAUGUGUUUCUUGGCUCUUCUAAUGUUUAUACCUUCCAGCGUGGUCCGCCCCCCCCCCCCCCAAUACUGCCGACAGUGUUUUAAAAGUAAUAGUGGGUUUAUUUUUAUUUGUCUGCAUAUCCAGCAGGGGCUCCCCGGGACUUGAAGGACUUGAUCAAGCCAACAUGUGGUUCAAACCCAAGCCCCCUUUGCUUAAUGCUCUGAAGUGAGGUGGCUGGUGGAAAACUUAAUCUUUGAGGGCGAUCACUAGAGGCAGUCCAAAUCUGCGGGAAAAUAUGCAAAAAACUGCGGAAAUUUGAAGUUGAUAUCUGAGCAUCUUAUGUGUUUUAGUAUUUGUGUUAAUAUUGUCUUUAACUCCUGCUUUCUAAAGGAGAUCAAACAUCUGUUAAUUUAACAAAACUAGAACCGAACUAAGUUAUAUAUGUCAGGUAAUUUUAGCAGUCUGUUUAUGAUAAUUAUGGUGACGAUGUAGCUGCAGAAUACGGUGAAUCUGUGGAAGACUGAAUUCCGCGGGAGCCUGAACAUUCCGCGAUUUCUGAGGAAUUCCGUUAUCUGUAGGUUUGGACUGCCUCUAGUGAUUACCUUUCUCACAGCUCUGCUCCUUGAGAAAUGCCCUUUGGACAUUUGCAUAAGGCUGAUAUUGGGUUGAAACUUUUAUUUGAGAGAGAGGCAGAGGGUUCAUUCUAUUCAUUAUAUUUAAUGUGACCAUUAAUGCAUAGUAUCAUUUAGAAAUAAAUUGUAACUUCACCGUUUGUACUGCAACUGUUAGGAAUAUAAUGAUCCUAACAGUUCAACCAUAUUUGGAUGAUAAAGAUGGUAACACAUUAUUUUAAAGAGGCUUUAGAAAGUCCAAACCGACAUUUUCUACACAAGCAGACUUGUGGCAUACAAGAAACUGAUCUUACUUAAAACACUCUUCUCAUACUGCUGACUCAUGUAACUGCAAAUAGAUCCUCAUCUGUGAUGGCUGUGCAGUAUAACACAGGGAACUCAAAGCAGGUUGGUGUAAAACAUCUGAGGUCUCUAAAUGGACAAGAUGUUUGCUGUAAUAAUACUGUGUGUGUGUUUGAUUUCCCCUGUAUUGUCAGAAAGGGUCCCUUUUCAUUAGUGUCACUCAGUGCCGUGUUGCAGGAAUUGCCAGUUCCAAACCACCAGCUUUCCAAAGCAUAUUCAUAUUUGUUGAAGCUGCUAAUUAAGAAGACUGACUAACCUAUGUGUGUCCCCUCCACUUCCAAAGCAAAUAGGAACAUGCUUUCACUACAGCUGCCAGGACAAUUGCUGGUUUCAAUCGGUACCAAGCUACCCUGAAAGAGAAGCAGCGACGGUCCUUCUAUGCUGUGUUUCCACUAUCCAAACCCUGAGGAGUUCUCAGUAAUGACAGUACCAGUUAUUAAAGGAUUCUCAAUGCAGCUGAACUAGCUCACAUUAAAGUAGUGCUGGAACGCAUAUUCAAUAUUCAAACAAACAACUCUGCUGGCAAAAAUGAGCAUGUUUGGAUUCGUUCAUAUAAGAGAAUUUAUAAAUGCCUGUAUCAACAAGAUCCAAAGAAAAAUGCAUAAAUGAGGUCUGAAAUAAACAACACACUUUUUACAGCAUAGAGAAGUGUUUCUCUUCUUUCUUUAAUAGGUCAUUUGAAGGGGUACUGGGUUUAUUAUACUUGAGAGAUUUUUGUACUGUAAUAUGGUACAAAUUGUACUUAUAUUCCAAAUUGAAAGACUAUUAGAUUUUUUGUUUACAUUUUCAAAUAAUAUUCAAACAUGAGAAAGCCAUGUUUGUCCCAGCACUACACUGACAUGUAGCUCACCUUCUUGAAACAAGCUUUACUUCAAAGCAGGUUCAAAAGACCGCCUGCAGUCCCUUGCUGGAUAUAUGCUAUACUAUUCAGUUUAAAAAAGCCAAUAUAAAAAAGUAAGUCUUCAAUUUUGCCUUAGUCAUCAAGUCUUGAAGCAUAGGUGUUAAAUCUGGACGAAGAAAACAAUGCAGAAUCAAUAUGGGUAAGAAUAAGGACAAAAAUUUAAAGGGCAUAAUAAUAGGGGCAUGCUAUAGACCGCCAAGUUCAGAUGCCGAGCAAAAUAAUCUGUUAUACAACAACAUUAGAAAUGUAUGUAGCAAAGGAGAAUUUUGUCAAGGCACUGACUAGAGGGGAGGCAUGCCUUGAUUUAGUCUUUUCAAAUAACGAAGACAGAAUAACUAAAACAGAGGUCAGGGAACCAUUGGCAAACUCAGCCCACAACAUGGUCUCAUUUGAAGUGAAUUUUACAACCCAAACAACAAUGACUAAAGCUAAGGUUUACAAUUUUAGAAAGGCAAACUAAGAAGGUAUGAAACAAAGAUUAACAGAAGUAGAUUGGAGUAAAAUAGAGAAGACUAUUUAACAGACACCAACGAGUAAUAUUUGAAUGUAAAAUGGAACUUGAUUGUAGGACACAGCAACACUGGAUGGUGGAAACACAGCUUAAUGGAUCUUUAGAAAGGAUUUUAAACACAUUUCUUUUUUUAAAUUCAAUUCUGCUAACUUGCCUUCUGUGAUUGUUUUGGUGCAGUUUAUUUGGUAUAUUUUAAUGUAUUCAAUGAUCAACUGCCAAACGCACGGCAUGUGCUGAAAUCAGUUUGGUAGCUGUGUCUCUAUUGACCCAUAAAACAUGAAUAGAGGUAUCAAAACAACAUAGUUACUUAUGUAUCCUUUUUAUCCUGUAUCCACCAGUGGCUGAGUUGGUGUUAAACACAGGAUCAUUUCUGUUUCUAGUUCAGGCUGUAUCUGUUAUUAAACUGGACCUUCCAAAAGGGAAUGUAUGAUAUUAUAAAAUGAGGUUAAUAUCUGUUAUUAAACUGGACCUUUCAGAAGGGAAUGUA